AUUUAUGUUAGCUAAGUAACUAGGACAAUUACAAAUAUUAUCUAGUUAAUGUUGUAGGUAUAAUUUUUAUCUGUUGAUCAAAUUUGAUAAAUUCUAAAUUUCUUGAAAUGGAAGUGGUCCCUCGAUAUGAAUAUGAGGUUAUUAUUCCACCGGAAGGUGGUUAUGUUUCUCUUGAAUCAAAUGUAUACAAUCUGAAUAAUAUUCAUAAACCAAUUACUGACGAUCAGUAUGCUGUAUUUUUCAUUGAUCCAACUACAAACAAUACAAUUAAUUCACACGCGCGUUUUAGAGGUGAAAGUAUCCAUGAAACACCAGACACAACGAGAAAAACCGACCAUACAUCUCUACAUCAACCCGCAGAUAUUUGUAAUAUCACUUCUAUCACACUGCCCGCUCCUUUGCAAUACUUAGAGCCUACCCAACAAUGCAGCACAAGCUUCCAUCACCAUUGUCUUCCUCUUCAACUAAAGUAUUUUCAUUCUCUAAGGAACUUUACAAUACUAAGCCAAAUUGGCGUUGGACAAUUUAGUAGUGUCUAUCGUGCUGAGUGCAAUCAACCUUUUGGUCUUAAUGUAGCCCUUAAAGUUAUCAAGAUAUUUGAAAUGGUCGAUGCUAAAGCACGUCAAGAUUGCAUAAAAGAGAUAGACCUAUUGAAAAGAUUAGAUCAUCCAAAUGUCAUUCGUUAUUUGGCAUCUUUUGUGGAGAAUAAUGAAUUAAUUAUUGUUUUGGAACUUGCAGAUGCGGGUGACCUAUCUCACAUGAUUAAGCAUUUUAGAAAGAAAAAGCGAUUAAUUCCUGAAAAAACUAUUUGGAAGUAUUUCGUUCAGAUUAGUAGUGGAUUGGAGCAUAUGCAUUCGAAACGUAUCAUGCACCGAGAUAUCAAGCCUGCCAAUGUAUUUAUCAAUGUUAAGGGUCAGGUGAAACUAGGAGAUCUUGGAUUGGGAAGAUAUUUUAGUUCAAAGACUAUAGCAGCUCACUCCUUAGUUGGUACACCUUAUUACAUGUCACCAGAACGAAUACGUGAACAAGGUUAUGAUUUUGCAUCAGAUAUAUGGUCACUUGGAUGUUUACUUUAUGAAAUGGCCGCAUUACAAUCACCGUUUUAUGGUGACAAGAUGAAUUUAUUUCGUUUGUGCCAAAAAAUUGAACAUGGUGAUUACGCUCCAUUACCUAAAGAAAUUUAUUCAGCUGAACUUCGUGAAUUGGUCACUGUAUGUAUACAAAAAGAACCAACGAAUAGACCAACUAUUACACAUAUUUAUAAUAUAGCUAAAGAGAUGCAUGAAUUACUUAAUGGAAAAAUUUCCACCUCUCCUUCAUGUUCUCAACUUGAUUGUCGACCAUCUUCAGCUAUUACAAAAUAAUUCUGUUUAUCUUUAUUUUCCUCUACAUCGAAUAUAUACAAUUGAUUAAUUAUAUUUAUUGUCUUUCAAUCUUUUCUUGAAGACCAUAUCAAUAACACCUGAAUAUGAAGAUGUUUCUUUUAAGAUAUAACACAAACAAAAGAAUAAGAUAAAUUCACUUAAACUGCUGUCUAAUACACGAAUGUAUAAUUGACAAUUUAUUUUUUAAAUAUUCUCAUACUACUGAAUUCAAAAUAAUAUUGUGCUGAUUCAAAUUGAGUUUGUUUUUGUUUUUGUUUUUGUUUAGAAGAAACAUUUUUUCUUGCCUUCUCCUUUUUUUUCUCUUUAAUUAUUUUGUAUCAUAUCGUAGUAAUUUUUAGUUUUGUAUUGAAAAAAAAAAUAAAGAAAAAGAAAAGAAAAGAAAUGAAAAAAUAAAUAAGUAACAACCGAGAACAAUAAAAAAACUCAUUUGAAUAGUUUCUAUUUACUUUUCAUUAGAAAUAGUUUAUCAUAAAUGAGAAACGUGUUUUCACUUAUGUAAUCACAUAUCAUUUAUCAGUUAUGUAACAAAACUUCCAUUCAUUCUUUCUAUAUUGUUUUGUUUUGUUUUAAAAGAAUUUCAUGAAUUGAUUGCCUCCACUAUUAUUAUUCCAUUACAGUUUGUUCAUAUUAAUUUCUGCUUUCAUAUUAGAUUUAGAUAAAUAGAAUUUUAUUCUUUGAUUAUAAUUUAUAAAAUGAAUUAAUGUUUUCAUUAUGUAAUACAUGUGAU